AUGGACGGCUCGCUCGAGAAGAUGGUGGACCCUACUCUAGCAGAAAUGGGGAAGAAUCUGAAUGAAGCAAUGAAGAUGCUGGAAGACAAUCAGAGGAAAGUGGAGGAGGAAAAUGAAAAGAAAUAUGCACGGAAGGAUAUUCCUGGACCACUCCAAGGCAGUGGUCAGGAUAUGGUGAGCAUACUUCAGUUAGUUCAGAAUCUAAUGCAUGGAGAGGAGGAAGAGGAAACUUCACAGUCCUACAGACUUCAGAAUGUUGGUGAACAGGGUCACAUGGCUCUACUGGGACACAGUUUGGCUGCUUAUAUAUCUGUGCUGGACAGGGAAAGACUGAGAAAACUUACAACAAGGAUCCUUUCUGACACUACUCUCUGGCUCUGCAGGCUUUUCAGGUAUGAAAAUGGAUCAGCCUAUUAUCAUGAAGAUGAUCGUGAAGGUCUCCUAAAAAUCUGUCGACUUGUAAUUCACACCCGCUAUGAAGAUUAUACACUCGAGGGGUUUAACGUGCUCUACACUAAGCAGCCAGUCAUAUACAUCAGCUCUGCAGCCAGAGCAGGCCUGGGCCAAGCUCUCUGCAAUCAGUUAGGGUUGCCCCUUUCCUGCAUGUGCCGUGUGCCUUGUAACACUAUGUUUGGAUCUCAGCAUCAAAUGGAUGUUGCUUUGUUGGACCGACUGAUUAAAGAUGAUGUUGAGUUUGGAAAACUGCCUUUGUUGCUUGUGGCCAAUGCUGGGACUCCAGGGGCUGGGCACACGGACAAGCUGGGCCGGCUGAAGGAGCUCUGUGAGCAGUACAAGAUGUGGCUCCAUGUGGAAGGCGUGAAUCUGGCAACUUUGGCCUUGGGUUAUGUCUCCUCUUCUGUACUGGCUGCUACAAAAUGUGACAGCAUGACUCUGACUCUGGGCUCCUGGCUGGGGCUCCCAGCAGUGCCUGCAGUGACGCUCUACAGACACGAGGAUCCUUCCUUGUCCUUGGCAGCAGGGCUGACAUCGAGCCAGCCCGUGGAGAAGCUCCGUGCCCUGCCCCUGUGGCUCUCCUUGCAGUACCUGGGCCACAAUGGCAUUGUGGAGAGGAUAAAACAUGCCUCACAACUGAGUCAAAGACUGCUGGAAAACUUGAAAAACCUGGAUUUCAUUAAAACUUCGGUUGAAGAUGAACUGAGUUCUCCAGUGGUGGUUUUCAAGUUUUUCCAGGAAUAUUCAAAUAGAGAUCAGACCUCACAUGCUGCACAGGCCUCAACUAUUCAGCGCCCCAUAAUAAGCAACGAAGGGCACAUUUAUGACACCUUCAAUCAGUGGCUGGGAGAGCAGCUGGCACAGCUGGUUCCUGCCAGCGGAGUCGAUGUGGUGGAACUGGAGGAUGAAGGCACCUGCGUGCGCUUCAGCCCACUCAUGACUUCUGCAGUUUUAGGAACUGAAAUGCAAGACAUUGAUCAGUUGGUAGACUGCUUAAAAAUGAAGAUACCGGUGUUGACAAGCACACUGCAGCUGAGAGAGGAGUUUGAGCAAGAAGUCAGAAGAACAGUUGGUCUGUUGUAUAUAGAAGAUCUUGGCUGGCCAGGGUUAGGUGUUGUGAGGUACAACUAUCACAGUGAUGGGAAGAAUGAUGACAAACAAGAAAAAGAACUCGAAAAAAUUAAUACAGAACUUCUGAAAAAGUUAAAUGAGCUGGAGUCGGAUCUUGCCUUUUCUUUGGGUCCAGAAUUCGGAGGGCAGAAGAACUGUGUUUACAUUGGCAUGGUCACAGAGGAUCUGGAUGUGUCAGAGUUGGUUGAAACUAUUGCAGCAACAGGCAGAGAAAUAGAAGAAAAUUCAAGACUGUUGGAAAACAUGACUGAAGUUGUUAGAAAAGGGAUACAGGAAGCACAGCUUCAACUUGAGAAAGCAAAUGAAGAACGACUGCUGGAAGAGGGGCUGCUGCGACAGAUCCCAGUGGUGGGCUCUGUGCUGAACUGGUUUUCUCCUUUCCAAGCCUCGCCCAAAGGAAGGACAUUCAAUUUGACAGCAGGCUCUCUAGAAUCCACAGAAUCUAUGUAUGUAUCAAAGGCCCAAGGAACUGGCAGCACUCCACCACCAACUCCCACUUCCAGCCUUGCAAAACAAAGGCUUCCUGGUCAGAAAGCUUUCAAAAGGUCUCUGAGAAGCUCUGAUGGGUUCAGUGAGACCAGUUCCAUCAGCCACUGUGAUGACCUGGACAAGCUGGACCAGAGACCCCCGAAUCUGUCCCCUGGCCAAGAGCAAGGACCUGUGGAGAUGGAAAGAGAAGAGGAGCAGAAGGAGGUGGCACAGGCAAAGACAGACACUGAGGACAUUCACAGUGACAAAUCACCACCAGACUGCACCAAGGUAGAGGAUCAAGCAAGUCAAAGAUAAAAGCCAGAGUGUGGAUUUCAGACUGUGCCAAGGAGGCCCCUGCCCAGGGAGGCAGGGUGGUAAUGAUGCAUUGAAAACAUGAACAGUGCCACACACAGUACAGUAAUAACUACUGUAAUUUAUUAACUAGGAUUUUGCACAAAUAUACAUUCCCUUCCCUGGAACAGAGAUUUGUCUUAUUGUACACUUGUUACAGUUGCAUUAAUCCUCUCCAUGUCCGUGUCACCAAAGCUGUAGUGAAAUUUAUGAAGUGCUCAUGAACAUUUGUUGGCAGUUAUCCUUCCUGCAGGAAU